AUGCUAGGUGCGGCCCAUCUUCAGCUCAGGCCUUUCUCCAACAUCCAUCCGUCUUUCUUUGCUCGAACCCGUCCUGCUCAGACAAGUAGCAAAACAAGACCCAAGUCGAGUUCUUCAGAAGGCACAGACCAACCCAGUACCACAGGAGGCACAGUUGCAACGACACAGGCCGACAGAAACGGUCGUGAUAACAUCAUUCUGCUCCACACCGCCUCAUCUUCGCUAUCUUGUCAGCAACCCGUUGCGAGCCUGUCCCUCUCUCCCGUAUCCCUGUUGUGUACUGCAUCAUCCUUGGAUUUUUGCUCCGCCCCUCAGACCCCUGGUCGCUGGCCCUUUACAACGGACGAGAGAAGAAGAAGAAGGAGAAGGAGAAGAAGAGACCGGGAGUCCGAUCGACACCAAAGAGCCAAUAGCGAACAGUUCCUACGUAGCAGAGAGCGCAACCCACCCAUUGAGGGUUACAGUACGACGGAUACAUACCAACUGUUCCCAAGUACCGCAGAUCGCAGCCGGGUUGGCCGCUUGGAAACGUCAACGUAG